AUGAUCAAAGUUAGCAAGUGCGAGGAAGAGAAAGAGAGACUCCAAAAGGAAAUAAUUUCUAUCACCAAAAACCUCCAGAGGGCAAAACAAUCUCAACAAUUUCCGAGUGUCGUCGCUCUCUUCCAGCAACAGCUUGACGCGGCCAAAGAUGAAUUGGUCAACCAUGUCAAAUCGAUCACCCAGCAUCGAUCACUUUGCAAUCAGGCAGAGGAUAAUUUUAAUUCGACAAUGUUGCACUUGGAGUCUAAUCUCCUGCUCGAAAAAAUACCCGAGAGAGUCGGAAACUUGGAAUCCACAAUCAAGGCAACGGGGCAAGGCCCUGCCCCAACCAUCAGCAGGGAUAACCUAAUGACAGGGGAUGUCGAAAUCGGACGAGUCCAAGCGGACAUGCAAGCCCGGGAUAAAACUAUCGCUGAACUCAAAGCAAAGCUGGACAAAGUGCAGCAUGCCCUCGAGAACCCGAAUGGAUUGGCGGAAGCGCUGGGAUACAUGAAUAAGAUUGCGAAUUCAGUUGCUCUUCAAUCCAAAUGGAAGAGCCAAUUCACGAACAAAAUUGCAAGCAUUGAUGCUGAAUUGAAAGCUGCCGAUAAGACUCUUGAUGAAAAGAUUACUAUCAUGAAGAAGAUGGUCGACACAGUUGAGGAAGAACUGAAAGUUUCCAACCAGCAGCUAGAGACCAAAAUUUUGGAUCUUGGUGGCAAAAUGAGAACUACGAAUGGACAGCUUAAGGGCAAGCUUUCUUCCAUUGAAAGUGACAUCAGGUCCCUUAGUGCUACGCGACAUGAUCUCAACAAUAGCGCGUCAACUCAAAUUUCACAAGUUGAAACUGACUUGGCAGCCCAAAGGAGGCAAACCACGGAGCAAAUUACCGCCCAAGAAGAUCUCCUAGCCUCACUCAGAACCCAACAACAAAACCUUGAUAACGGUGGCCGGGUCUCAUCAGAAACAACUCCAACUCCCCACAGCGGGGUGCUUACAAGAGUGACGUCUCUAGAAAAGAGACUGCAGACCCAAGCAGACCUCCUAAACAAUGUCAAGAACCUCCAUCAUGACGUAGAUGUCAUUCGUGUGGCCGAGUUGAACACCUUCCGCAAGAACCAAGAGUCGAGCCAAACUUUACUCGGAAUCAAACAGGAUGACACUUUGAAAAUGGUGAAGGACCUGACCACGAAAUUUGAGGCAACAACCAAAUAUCAGACGACACUUGGCACGGACCUUAACCAACUUAGGGGGUCGUUGCCAGGGAGCUUCGAGCGGCUCCGAACCCACCUUCAAAGUGGAUUAGAUGGAUUCAAAACCCGCCUUGCUCCGGUCUCCGGCCUUGCUCAGGCUGUAACAAAGUUCGAGAGUAAAAUUGAAUCUCUCAACAGGGCCAUUCGCUCACUAGAAACACGAUAUACAAAUAUUACCACAGGCGACUUGGUCAAUUCCAUGGCACAUGCCAUGCAGCAAAUGUACCCCUCUGUUGAUCAACUGAGUCAACAAUUGACGGCCUACCGGACUGAAAUUGAAGCCCGGAUUUUUGCGCUCAAGACAGAUGCUGAUGCGAUCAAGGUAGACUCAGAGUUGUUCAAGGCAGAUAUGAACCGGUUUAAAGCAGAUGCACAAAAGGCUCAGGCUAGCGCGGAAACUUCUCUGGCAGCUCAGAUAUCACCGGAGCAGCUCCGGGAUUUGACCGAGCUGCCCAUUUUGCUCCAACAUGUCAAGGACAUUUCAGACAAGCUUGCACCGAUUCAAACACUCAUCCACGAGCAUGGUGAUGAGUUGCAGAAAAAUCUUGAACUGCGGAACGAAUUGCAAAACAGGAUCACAGCUCAAGACGACACUAUCGAAGGCAUCGCUCAAAAGGCCGAUGAGCAGGGUGAAGAAUUUGGAACAAUCGCUGAGUUUGCGAAACGGAUCGAUCCAUUGAUCAUUAAGGUCGAUGAUCACAUCUCACAACUCCAAGAGGUUCGACGAACCAUCGACGAGUUAACUACAGCCGCGGCGGAGAGAAACACUACCACGCGCGAGAACCUUGGCACGAUCUGCACACGGCUGGAAGUACUCGAAGGUCGGAACGAAACCGAAUAUGAAAAUCUCGAUAAACUUCGGACAGAGCUAAAAGAUCUGAAAGAUCAGCUUACGACGGAAGAUCCAUAUCUCGACGAAGUCCGGAAAAAGCUGAAAGCCUUAGCGGACAGAAACAACGCGGAGGAUGCAGGUCUUGACGGACUCAGGACACAGCUGAAAGACCUCAAAGAUCGAUAUGCAACCGAAGAUAACGAUCUUAUCAGACUCCGAGAACAGGUGAAAGCCCUUGAAGGCCAGAAACCAACAGUAUCACUGGAGAAAUUCACUGAGCAGGGGAAUGAGGUCAAGAUGUACAUUAAGCGCCUGAGGAACGCUGAAGACAUCUUCAAGGCGCUUGCAGGAGGAGAGAAGAUUUCUGAUGUUCUCGAUAAACUGGAGGAGAGCAUCAAUGGGCAGGAAAGCCUUCAAUCCUUAGCAAAUAGUCGUUCUUUUACACCGACGCCUAGCGCAACACCGAGGACAGUUCCCACGGGCCCUACUCUAGGUGGAUACCAGCCGGUUGAGUUCAGCGUGAAGGGCCAGGCCGACACUUCGACACCAAGCGUUUUGAAAUCGACUCACUCUGCAAUGCAAGCUCGACAGCCUUCACAAACACCCAGAGGACCCAGCAUCAGUCAUCCAUCGCCGUAUUCUGGAAAUUCCGCUGAACCCCGCCAGUUUCAAUAUUUGAAAGGAAAGCGACGGGCAUCCUCUGGAAUAGACUCUGAUGACGAAAGAAGUACAACUAAAUCCUCUUCGCUUAUUGAUCCUUCUCCUGCUCCUAGCUCUUCUGCCUCGGCACCCUUUACCCCAGGCUCUAGCAAAACGGAGAAGAAGAAGGCAAAGAAGAGGGCAGAGCAGGCAGAAGAGAAUUCCAAGACCUCAAGCAGACCAGGGAAGAAGCGGAAGCGGAACAAGCAGGAUGAGUGA